UUAUCGGUCAAGCUUCUUUGUCACGACCAGUACUCUCAACGUACCUCGAGCGGAAAUGAUUAUUCAUGGCAUCUUAGAUGAAUGCGAGGAACCAUCCGGACUCAUUCCGAAUAAAGAAACAAUAAAGAACCAUGUUCCAACUCCCCGAAACGUAUCUUUGAGAGAGGCAUUCAUUAGACGAUAUUGUUCUCCGUUUAAGAUACCAUUGAUCGUUGAACCAGCGCUGCAUAAUUACACGACCAUGAACUACGAGAAUGAUUUAUACUUGGCCUUGAAACACAAGGGAUUCCUUCAUCCUGAAGAGUAUUUCAUCCUUCACGCCCCCAAUAAUAAUGACUUCAAAAAGCCUCAAGUUUCGGGUAGUAAAAGGUCACAUCUCUCUAUAUGGUUUAGUCAGAACGCAAAAUCCGAGGAUAUUAUCAAGGGGUUUUAUCAUGCGUGUGCAAUUAGGCGCGCUUUAGAACGUUUAGAUGUUACUGCAUUAAACAAAGACCGCGUCUUAGAUAUUAUUAAGAGGACUCAUGAAUGGGUAGACAGCACAUUUGAUACUUUCAUAAACGCACUUGCUGAAA